CGAAGCACUGACUCGGCCGCGGAUCUGCUUCCUCCACCAACAUCCUGUCAUCUUUUGCGCGUCCUGUACUGUCGACUAGUGGGAACGUUGGCUCCCCCUAAUCGCGCCUACUAGAAAUAGCGCCUCCCCCUUCCCGCUCCUGCCUACAAUGGCGCAAAACAACAUGAACAAUCUCACCACCCUCAUAAAGCGGCUGGAAGCGGCCACCUCGCGCCUCGAGGACAUUGCCUCGUCCACCUUCGACCAGCCGACCGUGCUCAACAAUGCUCCGGGCGCGCUGGCCGCCAGUGCCGGAGCUGCUCCUCCGGCUGCUGCCUCGGCCGCUGACUCCGAGCUUCCUGCUUCGGUCGUCGCUUUUGACGAGCUGCUUGGGGGCGACCUCAAGGAGUUCGACGACCUGAGCAAGCAGCUGGACCCGACCGUUGCUGAGCAGGCUGCGGCCGUUGUCCAAGCCUUCAAUGCGCAGCGCCAAUUCCUCCUCCUUGCGACAAAGGCCAAGAACCCUGGCAACCAGUCCAAGGCAUUCGCCGAGACAUUGAAAGACCUGCAGGUCGCCAUGGGCAACGUGGAGGCUCUCAAGCAGAGCUGCAAGAACUUUGAGCUCAAGAACCACGUUACCAUGGUCGCCGACGGCGUCGGCUUGCUGGGCUGGGUCACGAUCGAAGGCAGCCCCGCAAAGGUAGCCGAGGAGCUGUUUGGUGGCGCGCAGAUGUAUGGCAACAAGGUUCUGAAGGAUUACAAAGAGACGAACCGCGCACACGUGGAAUGGGUUCAGUCCUUCUACAGGCUUUUCAAGACCCUCAUCGCCUACAUCAAAGAGUACCACCCCAAGGGCGUACAGUGGAACCCUAGUGGUAUCGACGCUUCUGAAGCCCUGCGCCAAAUCCAGUCUGGAGGCGCGGCACCCAGCGGCGCUCCUCCUGCGCCCGCACCUCCCGCGGGCGGCGCGCCUCCUCCGCCGCCGCCACCGCCUGGCCCGCCGCCUCCGCCGAUGCCUCCGGCGGGUGGUGCGAGCCGCCCCGCUGCGGACAUGGGUGCCGUGUUCGAUCAGCUGAACCGCGGAGAAGCGGUUACGUCCGGUCUGCGCAAGGUUGACCCGAGCCAGAUGACGCACAAGAACCCCACCCUGCGUGAGAACAGCGCCGUGCCGGAGAGGAAAGACAGCACUGGCAGCAAGACCCCUGCGCCGCCACACAAGCCGAAGCCGGACAACAUGCGCCUGAAGAAGCCGCCCAGGAAGGAGCUUGACGGCAACAAGUGGAUAAUCGAAAACUUCGACUCGCCCGCUGAGCCCGUUGAGAUCGAGGCGACCAUUGUGCAGUCCAUCCUGAUCUCGCACUGCAAGAACACGACGAUCCGGGUGACGAACAAGGCCAACGCCAUCUCGAUCGACAACUGCGCGCGCACCUCGAUCAUUGUCGACAGCCUCGUCUCGUCGGUCGAUGUGAUCAAGUGCCCCAAUUUCGCAGUGCAGGUGCUGGGCACGAUGCCGACGAUCCUGCUUGACCAGGUCGACGGCGCGGCCGUGUACCUCAGCCGCGACAGCUUGGAGACGGAGAUCUUCACGAGCAAGUGCACGAGCGUGAACAUCAACGUGCCGCCUGCGACCGAGGAUGACGAUUACGCGGAGCAGCCCGUGCCCGAGCAGUUCAAGAGUUACAUCAAGAACGGCAAGCUCGUGUCGGAGAUUGUGGAGCACGCCGGUUAAGGGGUCGGCGAAUCCCUUGGCUGUGGGCGCGGAAGACGAAUUGCGGGCUGCUGCGCUUAGCGAUACCCCCCACUCUUCUGCGCUUGAAAGACGGCGACAGGUUUGUGUUUCGAUGAGAAAAAUGAUGGAUGGAUUAUGCAAGGCAUAGCGGGAUGAAAUUAGCGCUUUGGACAUUAUGAGGGGAAGCGGCUUGUUGUAUGAUGGGGGAAUUCGAUAGAUGAGCUGUUUGUUUAAACGCACG